UUCUCAAAAUCAUUGAAAGAUAGGUGACAGUGGUAUUUGUGUAAAUGAAUUAUAUUAUGCUCAUAUUGGAUUUUAAAUUUAUUGUUUAUUUACAAUAAAUUUUCUGUAUUAACUCCGUAUUACAGUUCCAUUACGACAGGUAUGCAAGAUGUCGGACUCAGGGGAACCACGAUUUCCAUGUAAAAUUUGUGGUCGACAAUUUGUGAAACAGUCUUUGUCAGUGCAUGAACGUGUGUGCACCAAAAGUGUAUCAAAAAAGCGCAAGGUUUUUGACUCUGCCAAGCAGCGGGCAGAUGGAACAGAUGUCACCUAUCGUCAGAUUAAGCAGGCACAGAAAAAGGAAAUAGCACCACCAAAGUCUAACUGGCGUGCGAAGCAUGAAGACUUCAUCAAUUCAGUCCGUGCUGCUCGUGGGACCACCAAAGCCUUGCAAGAAGGAGGGCCUUUGCCUCCUCCUCCCCCACCCAGCAUAAACCCAGAUUAUAUCCAGUGUCCAUACUGUUCCCGUCGCUUUAGCAAGACGGCAGCAGAUCGUCAUAUUAACUUCUGCAAGGAGCAGUCACAGCGUCUUGGUGCUCGGCAACCCCCAAACCCUUCGUCAAAAGCUAAACAAGCAACUCGUACCCAGUACCAGCCCCCAAAGCCCAAAGUGAAAAACUCUCCUGGUGCUACUGCAAGCCCUAGCGGCCUCUCUAAUGUUGGUGCAGGCAGUCGCAUCCCAGCUGCUGGAGGCAGUCGCAUACCAGCCCCAGGUUCAGCUGGUAGAACUGCAGGUGGAGGUCCACCUGCUGGAAGGGGCCGAAGUUCUGGAUCCGGUCAGGAAGAAGAUGAGCAACAGGUGCAGAAUGUGUAUCCUGGGCGUGGGAUGCUCACUGGCAGAGACCUUACAAACUACCAGCAGGCUAAGAAAGAGGCAUUGCAGAUGCAGCUAGGUAGCAAAGUCAGUUCUUCUGCCAUUCCCAAGUCUGGCAGGGAUGUAAGCUGUCAGCACCAAAGCAGGGGUAGAAAGGGGCAGGCAUCAGCACUUGGUACCCCACUUGGCAGAUUCGGCGUUAAAGCAGGUAUGUCCAGCCCCUCAUUGCUUCUCACAUCACACUCACAUCAAGCAGUUGAAACCAACACUGAUUUUUCACCUGGCAGCAAAAACAGAUCACAGCAAGAAAUUCCAGAAGACAAAGCUUUGUCCAGAAGACAUCAACAUGCCACUGGCAACAAUUGGCAACAAGGUCACCUUGAGGGUCAGACUUCUAACGGCGAACCCUUUGUCAUGAGGAGUCCAAACAAACUGUACUCAGAUGGCGCUAGACGCAGCAGUAGUAGCAGUAACACCAACAAAGUUGUUUCUACCACUGGAGCAAAGAAAUUGAUGUCCACCACUCUCAAUGAACCAACAUUAUUGCCCAAGUUUUGCCAUGAGUGCGGCUCUCGCUACCCCAUUUCAUCUGCUAAAUUCUGCUGCGAAUGUGGUGUUCGGAGGAUGGAGUCAACAUGACAUCUAGCUGAAAUGCCAGCUGGAACUUAAUAUCUUCUUGCCUUGGUUUUCUUAGAGUUUAUUACAUGACAGAAGAAUGGUUUCCCUAUGUUCUGUAUGAAAUGAUAGUUAAAAGAAACUAAACAAAGAUAUAUGUUCAUUAUUCUAAUGAAUAGAGUUGAUUUAUGCUGCUUUGUUAUCCUUUUUAAUAUGACACUGUUUUAAGAAGUAAUAGGGAUAAAACUGUCUUUUGACAAUUUGCUUGUUAAUGGAUGGUCAUUUUUUUUUUAUUUGUUUUGUUUCCAAGAGGAAGAAACAAUCUGGGAAACUAAAUUCUUGCUGAAAUGCUUCUUGUCUUUUUAUAUUUAUUUCUGCACAAACACAUUAAACAAUUACCAGACAGUUAUACGUUUAUUUUACUUUGUUCUUACAUUUUCCACAACAGCUCUAACUGGCAAGGAGAUAUUAUGUUUUGUUUUUAUUUUUGUGGAGAAAGCUUUUGUUUAUAGUAAAUGGGUUAAAGAAUGUAGGCAUCAUGGCUGCAAGCAAGUUUGCUUAGUCUUAGAAAAACUGAAGCAUUUCUCAGCAAAAAUCCUUGAGUAACAGUUUGUUUUCUUAGGAAAUAAUAGAUGCAGCAAGGAAUUAUUUAUAUCAUCAUAAAGUGUUAUCAGAAAUUAGGUUACCGUUUUGCAAUAAAAGGUGUCAAAAACAAUCUAAGGAGUUGUACUAAACUGUCAACUGUUUUUUUCCUAGCCUGAAGAUAUAACUUUAGCAUUAAAAAAAAAAGUUGCAUGAUGCAUGGAAAAUCUGUUUGGUAUUUUGUGGGAAAGCUUUUUUUUCUUGUUUACAGACAUGUAGUUAAAGCUUGUAAUCAGUCUUUUUUUUCUGUACAUUUUUGUCCUUGCUUCAAACCUUAUGAUUCAUUGUAUACUCUAAUAGAAUUGGCUGUACAGUCUAAUAUGACUCACUGUCUGUGUGAUUGAUCUCGUAGCCAUACACCAGAAUUAUGUUCACAAUAUUUUUAAGUUGAUCAUUCUAGCAGCACUACUUAACCUGUGAUAUAACUUUUUUAAACCAAUUUUUAUAUGGUCCAUAAUCACAUUUCUAAUGUUAUAGUAGUUUUAAAGUUAACUCAGGCCGCAAGAGUAUAGUUCAACAAGAUAGGCAAACCAUUAAGUGCAUCUGUUUAAGCAGAAAGCCAAUGCUGCCUGCUCCCUCAACUUUUCCCAUCCACAUGCAAGAUUCCUCAUUAUGAAUAAUAGAGUGACUAAUAAUUUAUGGGAAUAGCAAGUAGAAUCUAAGAUGGUGAUUUCACUUUUGAUGUGUGUAUUAAAAAAAUAUAUCGAAAGACUAGAUUAUUGUAAGAAAAGUUGCAGAUGUAGAAGCAAAUGUAAUUCAUUAGGUUAUAGGUUAUAUUAACCAAAAUAGAUAACAGAUUAAUUUGGUGUAGAAAGUUAAAACCUGUGCCUGCAAAAUUUAAUUUAUUCUGGGAAACUUUUCUUUAUGGUAGUAUAUAGUUGUCAUAAAUUUCUAUUUAUCACUUCUUGCACAGAUGUUUGAACAAAUUUUUGUCAUAGAGGAAAUGUCUUAGCAUUUUUUAUAUGUACAAAUAUAUAUAUACAAUUUGCCGGAGUGCUUCAUGUUGUGAUAUUGCAAAGCAUUUCCUUUUUCAAAUAUUCUUUUAUGGAGGCAACAGUUCAUUCAUUAUUCAUGCAACUGUUUUGCUUUUUUUUAAAAAUCUGUCAGGUAUCAAUGAUCUGUUCUUUUCACUUCUGUAAAUGACAUCUAGUCUUUGCCAUGUGUAUAUUUUUGUUAAGUGUUCUGUGUUCUGUCAGAUGCUUUACAGAUAUAAGCAAUAAUCCGUCCAAUCAGUGACAAAAAGCCGUUUCAUGCAAGUAUUUGUCACCAGGUUACCUGUGAUAGAUCGUGAUCCGAGUGACUAGGUUCAAGGUUACAAGUAAUGCUUGUUCUGCGGGAAGCACAAAGGUUCUGCUGCCGCGCAGGUAUGCGUUUCAAGACACUUCCACAGAACCAGUAAACCGGCCUCUGAACACCCAUCUCACUGCUUCAAAGAAAAGAUUGAGGUUUCUGGGCCUCCGCAGAACUUAUGUCUGGUGAGAGAACUGCAGUGCUAAGCACGUGACAUCCAGUCACAGACACGUUGCGUUGUUGUGGGUCUUGCUGCUUCCGUCACGACGACCUACCGGACCUGUGGCGUUAUCUAGGUGACUCGGCUAAGUCACUUAUAGGUUUCCUGAAUAAAUUAUAUUGUGUGUCGUUUGAAUGAGUUGUAAAAAAACUCAGACUGAUCAAAUGAUGUGGGAUCCGUGUAUAAGAAAAACAGAAACAGCUGAUAGCCGAUUUGUUCAAACACUGAGCGUCCCAGGAUUUGAGACUCGAUAGUCAGCCGAUUGGAUUUCCGUGUAGCGCUGAAUACAUCCUUCAGUUUUCAAACGUUUAAUGGAUAUUCUUGAGUAGAAAAGGCAGAGGGGAGGGUCGCCGGGCUCCGAGAACAGUAUGGUCUCUAAACAUCCCACUCAUCGUCGACCGAAAAUAUCACGGACCUACCAUUAUCCUUUUUAUGGGGAAGAAUUUAUCUUUUUUGGCUCUUCGUAGUUUUGGUGAGCACGGACAUUACAAUGCUGAAUCUCGUGCGGUAUAGCUCAGCUGAUGAUAGCUACACGCCCCUGCCCCGACAGAGACAACGGGACGGCGGCAGUGAUCGGUGAAUUCUACAUGAUGAGGUCAUGGAAGAAGUGGGGGGAGGGUAUGUUGUUUUACGCCGAGCCAGCAACAAAGGCUAUAUUACGGCAAGGCAGCCACCCCAGUGAAUAGAUGCCGCAGAGAAAGAACAGCAUUUGUGUCAAAUGUAAAAUAAGGAUUUUAAUUUUUGUUUGUUUCAUUUUGUUAAAUGUUUGUAUGUUAAGCAGAAAUUAUUCAGUCGUUAUGCCUCUACAAACAAAUCGUAAAUAAAAAGUUUUCCGACACA